AUGUGUGCUUCUUCCAAUGAAAUGCUCCACCCUUCGCUUACUCCCAAGUACAAGUAUGGAUCCGGUCAAGUACCUGUCGAGCCUGCUCCACAUUGCCAGGUCUUCUGGUGGUGCUUGGGCCAGCUCAUGCAACCUCCAGUUCCACCCACGCCCCGUGCUGCAUGCUCAUUUGACGUACCACAAACGCGACCCGGCACCUGGCGGACAUCUGCUCCUCUCCAAAGAGCUCAGCGACUCGCCCACUCCACCAGUGGACGUCUCCUGCUCGCACGCCCCCAAAUCGCCCUCCCCACCUCGACCAAAAAUCUCCCGUGGCAACCCACUGGCAACCAGCAACCAAAGAUCCAGUCACGCACGAUCCGCCAGAGGCAAGGGCUUGUCGUCCUGGGAUGCACAGAAACGGUUCGUUGGAUCUUCGGAAACUGA